GAUAGGAUGCCAGAUGUAUAGACAUUGCCAUAUUCAUUGUCUUCUUUUCUUCUUUCCAGUUCUAUAUACGACUUUCUCAUCUGUCCUUCACAUCCCUCUCGCUUUCCCCUCUGACCUCCUUCGUUCCCGCAGGUGCGGCUGCGACGACUGCGUGACGUCACGCCAGGAGGACUCCCUCCGGCACUCCCGGAGCCGAAUCAACGCCUACCGCGCCCUCGCCUCGCCCUCCCUCAUCGCCCUCUCCUCCAAGGACCCGAUCCUCACCGCCUUCGAGCUUUCCUGGGAGCUUCGGCGCCUCUCCUUCAUGGAGCACGAGUUCCGGAGCGAGUACCAGGAACUCCGGAAGCAGUGCCAGGACUUCGCCACGGCCCUCCUGGACCACACAAGGUCGUCCUACGAGCUGGAGGUCCUGCUCAACCACGACCCGUCGGGCCCGCCGCACGAGCACGGGGAGCGCAUGCACCUCAACCGCCUUAAGCUGGCCAUCAAACUCAAGCAGAAGAAGUUCGUGGCCCACCCCAACGUGCAGCAGCUCCUGGCCUCCAUCUGGUACGAGGGCCUCCCCGGAUUCCGCCGCAAGAACAUGGCGCUGCAGGCCCUCGAGAUCGUCAAGAUCGGCCUCCUGUUCCCCAUCUUCUCCAUCGUGUACAUCCUGGCCCCGCACACGUCCCUCGGCCAGACCAUGCGCAAGCCCUUCAUCAAGUUCAUCUGUCAUUCUGCCUCCUACUUGACCUUCCUCACUCUGCUAAUCUUGGCCUCGCAGAGGAUAGAGACCGUCAUCGUGGACUGGUUCGGCGCCACGCCCACGCUCAAGAAGUGGGUGGCCACGGACGUAACCACCCGCAGAGGGGCGCCGCCGAGCCUCGUGGAGUGGCUAAUUCUCGCCUGGGUCUUUGGUCUGAUCUGGUCGGAGAUCAAGCAGCUGUGGGACGUUGGGCUGCGGGAGUAUGUGGGCGACAUGUGGAACGUCAUCGACUUCAUCACGAACGCCCUCUAUGUGGCCACCAUAGCGCUGAGAAUAGUCGCCUACUAUCAGGUGCAGCGGGAGGUACGAGACAACACGGGCACGGAGAACCUACCCAGGAAGGAGUGGGACACGUGGGACCCCAUGCUCAUCGCCGAGGGCCUCUUCGCCGCGGCCAACAUCUUCAGCUCGCUCAAGCUGGUGUACAUCUUCAGCGUCAACCCCUACUUGGGGCCCCUGCAGGUGUCGCUCUCGAGGAUGGUCGUGGACAUUCUCAAGUUCAUCUUCCUCUACCUCCUCACGCUGUUUGCCUUCUCCUGCGGAAUGAACCAGCUGUUGUGGUUCUACGCCGACCUGGAGAAGCAAGUGUGCGACGAAAAGGCGAAGAACGACAUGAACUUCGACGACACAGACUCGUGCAUAGUGUGGCGGAGAUUCUCAAACUUGUUCGAGACGACGCAGACGCUGUUCUGGGCGGCCUUCGGCCUCAUCGACCUCGGCAACUUCGAGCUGGAGGGAAUCAAGCCCUUCACCAGGUUCUGGGGGAUGCUCAUGUUCGGCACGUACUCGGUCAUCAACGUCAUCGUCCUCCUUAACCUCCUAAUUGCUAUGAUGAAUCACUCAUAUCAACUGGUUUCAGAGCGGGCGGACACGGAGUGGAAGUUCGCUCGCAGCAAACUGUGGAUAAGCUAUUUCGAGGAGGGCGGCACCACGCCCCCGCCCUUCAACAUCAUCCCGGCGCCCAAGAGCGUGUAUUACCUCUUCCACUGGUUCUUCAAGAAGUUCUGCGGCCAGACGAAGGCGGCAAAGAAGGAGCACAUGAGGACGAUAAGGAGGAAGGCUAGACAAGCAAGCGAGAGGGAGUUGAGAUAUCAGGACCAAGUUGAAAUGAAAAUGAAAACCGAGAGUUAG